AUGGUCGUGGCGAGCAGCGACGGCCACUCCGGCGCCGCGUCGGCAACAUGGGAGCAUGUCCACCGCCACUUCGCGGUCGCAGCGCUGUUGUCGCCCGAAACGCCGCAUGCGCGCAAGGUGGGCGAGGGAGGCUUUGGGCGGGUCUACCGCUGCGACGCGCUGCCGUCGCUCCCGCGCGUCGCGAGCGGGUUCGCGGUCAAGAGGGCGCUGGUCGGUGUCGGCGCCCAAGGCCUCGCCGAGCUGCAGAGCGAGGUGCGCACGCUCAGCGCGGCGUGCCACCGGUCCCUGCUCCCUCUGCUCAGCGUCUGCUUGGCGCCGGCGAGAGCGUGCCUCGUCUACCCCCUCUGCCGCGGCGGCAGCCUCGAGGACCGCCUCUACCGCGCUCCAGCCGCGAUUUUCGUUUUCAGUGGGGAGGACAUUCAGUUGUAA